AUGGUUCAAUUAACCGUUGUUGGGUCUCUUAACUAUGAUUUGGUGUCUUACACUGAACGUAUUCCUGAGGCUGGUGAAACUUUCGCUGCUAAUUCCUUCGAGACACAUAUUGGUGGUAAAGGAUUGAAUCAAACAAUAUCAUUAGCUAAAUUAUCACCACAUGUGGAGGAUUCACCAAUCAAAGUCAGAAUCAUUGGUAAAGUUGGUGAUGAUCAAUUUGGGAAAGAACUUGUUGAUGCUUUAAAAGAACAAAGUGUUGAUGUGAAAGACGUUGAAGUUAUCAAGGAUGUGAGAUCCGGGGUAGCUGUGAUCAUAGUGGAAAAGUCAACAGGAGAAAAUAGAAUCUUGAUAACUGCAGGUGCAAAUGGGGAAACAAAGUAUUCAACUGAUGAACUUGUAAACCUCUUUCCUCCAGAUAGUGAGAGAGAAGUCGUUGUUUUUCAAAAUGAAAUUCCUGGUACCAUAGACACAAUCAAAUGGUUAAAAGAGAAUCGUGCAGAAAACAUAGAGGUUGUAUAUAAUCCAUCACCAUACAGUGAAAUAAGUUCUGAAGUGAUUGAUAAAGUUGAUAUUUUAGUCGUUAAUGAAGGCGAAGCCCUAGAAAUAGCCAAAGACAUAUUACCUCGUGAGGACUAUACAAAUUUCAAGGAUAUGAUUAAAAAGGAUGAAGUUGAUGGUUUUCUUCGAUUAGCUAUAAAAUUGAAAGCAAAAAUUAAUCCUGAUAAUUCAAAUGUUGUUGUGAUAACUUUAGGUUCGAAAGGUUCAAUUUUUACAGCACCGAAGAACACAGGUACAACAAGUAAAUUUGUCGAGUCUGUUAAAGUUGACAACGUUGUUGACACAACUGGUGCUGGUGAUACUUUUUUGGGAGGGUUGAUAACUCAAGUUUCAUUGGGUCAAGAUUUGGAAAGCUCAAUUAGAUUUGCAACCAAGGCUUCUUCGUUAGCUAUUCAGCAAAACGGUGCUGCUAGCAGUAUUCCAACUUUCGAACAAGUCACACAACAGCUCUAA